AGUGCGCCUUACCUCCUCUCGCUCUCUCUCCUCGCUUGAGUUUCGUCGAGUGUCGAGCUGCUAAAGUGAUCCGGGCCCGGGGAGACAUGGCUGGAUAUCUGAAAGUCCUCACCUCUCUGUCGAGGUCUGCCGCAGCUGCAGCCUUUCCUCGAAACUCAGGGGUGCUCGCCCCGGCUGCUGCUCAGUGCCAGCAACAAAGAAACUAUGCCGACAAACGCAUCAAAGUGGCCCAGCCUGUGGUGGAGAUGGACGGAGAUGAGAUGACCAGGAUCAUCUGGGAGUUUAUCAAGGAGAAGCUGAUCCUGUCUAACGUUGAUGUCGAGCUGAAGUAUUUUGACCUCGGUCUGCCUUACCGCGACCAGACAGAUGACCAGGUGACUAUAGACUCUGCCCUGGCUACAAAGAAGUACAAUGUGGCGGUUAAGUGUGCCACCAUCACACCCGAUGAAGCCAGAGUGGAAGAGUUUAGCUUAAAGAAGAUGUGGAAGAGCCCCAACGGCACCAUCAGGAACAUCCUGGGUGGCACAGUCUUCCGUGAGCCAAUCAUCUGCCAGAACAUUCCCAGGCUUGUUCCCGGCUGGACACAGCCCAUCACGAUUGGCAGACACGCUUUUGGUGACCAGUACAGAGCAACAGACUUUGUUGUGGACCAGCCUGGCAAAUUCAAGAUAAUCUUUUCGCCUGCUAAUGGCAGUGCAGCCAAGGAAUGGGAGGUGUACGACUUCCCUGCAGGUGGCUGUGGAAUGGGCAUGUACAAUACAGAUGAGUCUAUCACAGGCUUUGCGCACAGUUGCUUCCAGUACGCCAUUAACAAGAAAUGGCCGCUAUACAUGAGCACAAAGAAUACCAUUCUUAAAGCAUAUGACGGCAGGUUUAAAGACAUCUUCCAGGACAUCUUUGAAAAGAACUACAAGCCUGAGUUUGACAAACUGAAGAUUUGGUAUGAGCACAGGCUUAUCGACGACAUGGUCGCUCAAGUACUGAAGUCUUCCGGAGCCUUUGUGUGGGCCUGCAAGAAUUACGAUGGAGAUGUUCAGUCUGAUAUCCUUGCUCAAGGCUUUGGGUCUCUCGGGCUUAUGACAUCAGUUCUGGUGUGCCCUGAUGGCAAGACUAUUGAGGCUGAGGCAGCCCACGGCACCGUGACCAGGCACUAUCGCGAGCACCAGAAGGGAAGGCCGACCAGCACCAACCCUAUUGCCAGCAUCUUCGCCUGGACCAGAGGACUGGAGCAUCGUGGUAAACUUGAUGGCAAUCCCGACCUCAUCAAGUUCUCUCAGACUCUGGAGCGUGUGUGUGUAGAGACUGUAGAGAGUGGUACCAUGACCAAGGACCUUGCAGGCUGCAUCCAUGGACUGUCCAACGUGAAGCUGAACGAGCACUAUGUCAACACUACAGACUUCCUUGACGCAAUCAAGACAAACCUAGAUAAAGCCCUGGGCAAGUGAAGCACUUGAAGAAAAGACUAUAGCUAUAAGAUGGAGAUGGCAAUGUCUCUUCUGUUUUUGUACCUCAUUUUUAACUUAAAAGGUCACUUAAGUCGCACGCAUUUUCAUCUGAAGGACAACAGAAUACUUGUUAUCUAUAGAAUUAUGUAGUCUUUUAUUAGGUUAUUAAAGGCUUGAGAUUUGCCCCACCACUCAAUGCCUCCCUAACAUCUUUUGUCCAAUGUCUUGCAAGGUUUUAUUUUUGUAAUGUGAAGUACUGUAUUCAAUACUGUGUAAUGCCUGAGGCAAGACUGCAGCUUAUGUCCAUCGUACUUGCCAAUAAACCCUUUUGUUUGACCCACACUA